AUGACGGUCGAAAAGAAGUACGGCGCAACAUUGGCUAGUGGCAAGCCAAGACCAAUUGGUGAUCAUCCAUAUUUUGUAGAAGAUAAUGAAGAUGAAACAGGUUUUAUCACAAUUCCAGAAAAAUACCAUAAGUUAUCAAGUUAUCCAGAUUUCUUACCAACCUGGGACAGAAAAGAAAAAGAUCCUCCGUAUGAGUUUUUCGAAUAUGAGGACCCAGGCACCAGAGUUAAAGACACCUCCUUACCAAAUCUAUUUCCUAAGGAUGAAAAAGAGGAAAUUAAGAUUACCAAGUUGAGUCCAAAAUUGGGGUCGGAAAUUACUGGUUUACAAUUGAGUAGUUUGAUCGACAAUGACAAGGCCAAAGAUGAAUUGGCUUACUUGAUUGCCAAGAGAGGUGUAUUAAUUUUCAGAGAUCAAGACUUGGCCAGUAAAGGCCCUAAAUUUGCUGCCAAAUUGGUAGAAUAUUUUGGUCCCUUACAUACUCAUCAAACUUCUGGUCAUCCAAAAGAUGUUAAAGAGAUCCAUGUAGUUUAUCGUAGACCAAUAGAAGAAGAUUAUGCAGUAGUCAAAGAAAUUGCUGGAAGAAGAUCAUGGCAUUCUGAUAUCACUUUUGAAUUGCAACCUGCCAGUUAUACUUUUUUUUUAAACAUCGACAGUCCAGGGUCUGGGGGCGAUACUUUGUUUGCCGAUACUGUAGAAGCCUACAAGAGGUUAUCUCCUAAAUUUAGAGAGUUUUUGGAAACUUUAAGUGUUGCGCACACAGGUAAGGAUCAAGCUCAAUUUUCCGGAAUCAAAGGUGGUAUUAUCCGUAGAGAACCAGUUGAAAAUGUUCAUCCAUUAGUUAGAGAACAUCCUGUUUUGAAGGAAAAAAUUUUAUUUGUCAACCAAGGAUUUUCUAGAAGAAUUGUUGGACUAAAAAGGGGUGAAAGUGAUGUUCUUUUAGACUUUUUAACCGGAUUGGCCGAAAAUACCCAUGAUUUGCAAAUUAGAGCACAUCAUACCCCUGGUUCUGUUGUUAUCUGGGAUAAUAGAAGAACUCAACAUGGGAUAACUUUUGAUUUUGACAAGCCGGUCUUGAGACAUUUGGCCAGAGUCACUGCUACGGGUGAACGUCCAGUUGUUGACUUGAAAUAUUUAAAUGAUAUAAAUUACAAGCCAUAG